AUUGUGGCAGAGAAAUCGGCAAAGGAACAAGGUUUUAUUUUGCAGUCAUGGCUUCUUCGACUUCGGGCCGAGGACAACGGCGAUCUGUUGGUGCAAUGGGACAAGAGGAGCUGCGGAGAUUAAUGCGAACCAAACAGCGCGAGUCGGCUGCGGGGAAAACGAAAAUCGAUUCGCCCUACGUUAGAUAUAACAGUUUGGGGAAUUUAAGUUGCUCUCUGUGCAAUGUGACUGUGAAGAGUGAACUGUUGUGGCAAACACAUGCUCAUGGAAAGCAGCAUAAGGAGAGACUUGAAUCAUUAAAAAAUAUUAAGCAUUCUACACCAAAAUCAUUUCCUGAAACUUCAUCUUCUCUCAAAAGAAAAUUGCCAGAAACAAGAAUUCUAGAUCAAAAGAAAGGGCAAGAUUGUAAUGACCAUCCACAAGCAGUUUCUUCUAGGUUGCCAAAAGAUUUUUUUGACAAAACUGAGCAAACAGAAGUAGAAAUAAUAUCUUCAAAAGGUUCAAGUGCUAUCUUACUAGGAAAUCAUAAAUCAGAGGAAGGAAAGAAAGAGAUGACAAAAGACAGUAGAGAGAAGGAUGGCAAAACUUCAUUGCCAAUCACAGCUCAGCAUGAAUUAUCUUCAGAUCUUGUUCCAAAAUCAGAACUUGUGGCCUGCUCAUCAACAGACUAUUUGGAGAACAGUACUUUAGCUACUCCUCAGUUAUCCCAUUCAGAAUCUGUACAGAAGGCAGAACCGCAAGAAAAAAAUCAUCAAAGAAGAGAAAACACUGCAGAGGCCUUACCAGAGGGAUUUUUUGAUGAUCCAGAAGUGGAUGCAAAGGUGCGCAAGGUUGACACUCCAAAGGAUCAGAUGGACAAAGAAUGGGAGGAAUUCCAGAAAGCUAUGAGACAAAUCAAUACAAUUUCAGAAGCAAUAGUGGCUGAAGAAGAUGAAGAAGGGCGACUUGACCGUCAGAUUGGAGAAAUUGAUGAACAAAUGGAAUGUUUCCGUCGUGUUGAACAACUGCGUGACCUCCAGGAAAUAAGAAAAUAUAAAUUAAAGGAAGCCAUGAGACAAACAAUCACACAGACUAAAGAAGCUGAGGAUAUUGAUAGUAAUGAUGAAGGUGAAUUGCAGGACUUGCUGUCUCAAGACUGGAGAGCAAAAGGAACAAUAUUGUAACUGCCUGAGAAGAGGAAUUAAUUUUCUAAUUGUGACAUUGUUUUUUUUAAUCAUUUACUAACACUUUUCAUACAUACAUAUGUGCCAAUACUAGGAAUGAAAAUCUGGGGCUUAGCUGGAUAAACCUGGCAGUAAACAAAUGGUUACUGAAUAAAUUAGUUUUAGAAACAAUUUGAUAAU